AUGCUCCGAAGGCAAGCAAGAGAACGACGGGAAUUCUUGUACCGCAAGUCUCUGCAACUACAGGAGGCCCAACAAACCCUUAAAAGACAACAACUCCGAGCAGCUCUAGCCUCAGGCAAACCACUGCCACGUGAGUUACAAGAAGAUGACCGCCUGCGCAAUAGCUUCAAGUAUGACGAAUCCAUUACCCCAAGUGACAAGGCUGUUAAAGUUACACGCGACAAAACAUCAGGUAAACCAAUUUAUGUGGAAGAUUCAACUGUCGACGACGAAUACAGUGCACUAAGUGGAGUGGCAGACCCACGAGUCGUGGUAACUACCUCACGCAACCCAUCUGUGCGUUUGCUGCAAUUUGCCAAGGAAGUACGGAUGCUUUUCCCCACAGGACUCAAACUGAACCGUGGUGCUGCUGUGCUGCCAACAUUGGUAGGGGCAUGCGAAGGUGCCGGAACAUCAGAUAUUAUAGUUUUGCACGAACACCGUGGUGUUCCCACUGCACUGACAGUUUCUCAUUUCCCACAUGGUCCCACGGCAAGUUUUUCUUUGCAUAAUGUAGUGAUGCGGCACGAUCUACCAAACGGUGGUGGCGGAAACAUUUCUGAAGCAUACCCGCAUCUGAUUUUCGACAACUUUACAAGUCCUCUGGGGAAGCGUGUGGAAACCAUUCUUAAACACUUGUUCCCACCAGGAGCGAAAAAGGAUAGUCCGCGCGUGGUGACCUUUGCCAAUAAGGGAGACUACAUUUCAGUGCGUCAUCACGUGUAUGUACGGACGAGCGACGGUAAUGUGGAACUUGCUGAGGUGGGACCACGAUUUGAGAUGCGGUUAUAUGAGUUGAAACUGGGGACGAUUGAUAAUAAGGAUGCAGAUAUUGAAUGGAAGUUACGUGGGUUUGUUCGUACUGCUAAUAGAAAGGAUUAUCUUUAG